GGCGGCUCCCGCCGAGGCUCGUCGGGGUCCGGGCGGCCGGUCCCGCUGCUCCCGCUGCUCCCGCUGCCGCUGAGGGCGAAGGCCGGGGCCGGGCGACGGGCGAGGGGAGCCGGCGCGGGAGAGACAGCGCCGCGGGGCCCUCGGGGCCGUCCGUGCCCCGGUUGCCGGGGGAUGCUUGUGUUGGGCCCGGGCUCUCCUCCGGCGUAGGGCGGCGGCGGCGGCGGCGGCCCCGGCUCCUGGACAUGGCGCUCAGGGAGCUGAAAGUUUGCCUGUUGGGGGACACAGGAGUAGGCAAAUCAAGUAUCGUAUGGCGCUUUGUAGAAGACAGUUUUGAUCCAAACAUCAAUCCAACAAUAGGAGCAUCUUUUAUGACGAAGACUGUCCAGUAUCAAAAUGAGCUACACAAAUUCCUAAUUUGGGAUACAGCUGGACAAGAACGAUUUCGUGCCUUAGCACCAAUGUACUACCGAGGCUCAGCAGCAGCUAUAAUAGUUUAUGACAUCACAAAAGAAGAAACAUUUUCAACAUUAAAAAAUUGGGUAAAAGAGCUUCGACAGCAUGGACCCCCAAAUAUUGUUGUAGCUAUUGCAGGAAAUAAGUGUGAUCUUAUUGAUGUAAGAGAAGUCAUGGAAAAGGAUGCUAAAGACUAUGCUGAUUCGAUCCAUGCAAUAUUUGUAGAGACGAGUGCUAAAAAUGCAAUAAAUAUAAAUGAACUGUUUAUAGAAAUUAGUCGAAGAAUUCCAUCAACCGAUACCAACCCCCCAUCUAGUGGUAAGGGCUUCAAACUAAGAAGACAGGCUACGGUGCCAAAACGCAGCUGCUGUUGACUGAUACUCAGCCGUUAAGACUUGCUAAUAAAGUAGGUGGUCUUGAAAGUUAAUGGGGGGUUUUUGAGUUUGUAGGAUGUCUUGGAUUUUCACCUGGUUCAUCUUCCUACAAAAAUCGACCGAUUCAUUCCUGGCAUUGCUCACUUCCUGAAGACUGCAGUAGUGAAAUUUCAGUCCACUUAGAAGUCCCGACAACCAGAUGGAAUACGUCAUCAAGUAUUUGGUCUUUCUGCAAAAGAAUGUAUAAUUGUAUUGAUAGAAAAUGUUAAAAAUAUUUAGCAAUCUUGUAAUCAAGAUUUUAUGUGAUAUUUUGUAAAGGGAAAUACAGCACUUUCUUGGUUCUUGAAAAUAGAUUUUGAAAUUAUAGUUUUAAAACGAAGCGAUUAGCAUUCCAUCAAACCUUGUUAAAAGUCUGACCAUUUUAAAUAUUGCAGAAAAUCCAAGUGGAAGGAGGGCAACUGUUAGAUGUAUCCAAAAUUUAAGUUACAACAGGACUAAUGGAAGGGAUCUCAACCUCUGCUGUCCCCAGAGCACUUUUCAUUUAAAGGUAUUAGCAAAAACGUGAAUGCAAACUUAAAGUCUUGGUAAUUCUUUUUUUAAAAAAAAAAAUUUUACAUUAUAAUUUGUGUUCGCAGAUACAUUUAUACACACCUUUUUUUUUAAUAAGCUCACUAUCAAGAUGGUGGUAAGAGAACAUAGCUAGAACAAAGUAAAUUUAACAUUCUCAACUGACUGGCAAUAAAUGCAAAAAAAGUGUAAAUGAUGCCAAUGUUUUUAUUUAGCCCAAAUGGUUUUGGGGAAAUAACUAUUUGUUGCUUAGCACAUGUAAAGUUUUGUAUUAUAUUUAUGAGAUCAGUACUUUAAAGUAUUAUAAAUGAUGUAAAUAUGGUAGAAAAUUCUUAGUUUCAUUCAGCACCCCAUUUAACCUUGCCCUGAGUCUAGGUUUACUCACCAGUUUCCAGCUGUUCUUUUUGGAAAUAAUUUGAAUACACUCCCUUUGAAGGACAAUUAUAUUGUUCUGAGAAGAGCAUUUAGCACUUAUUGAAAGAAAUUAUUCAAAAUUAGCCACCUCCCCCCACCCUAUUUGGGGAUACAUACUAAGUUAAGUAUAUCACCUUAGCAGCACCCUCUACCCCUUACUGCAUGAGGCACAAAAGACUAGGCUUGAAACCCAAAUUACUUGCCUGAUACUGAUGAAAAUUACUCAUGAGUCAGGGGUAAACCUCAGAUCUUUUACUGUAAGCAGUUCAGUUUAGCCUUCAGUAUCUUUAUACUGCCAGUGCUAAUGAUAACACUCUUCUCUUUUCCUCCACUCUCUCCCUUGAGGACCCUAACAAGCAUUUUAAUAGCGUAGUCUAAGAAUAAAACAUUAAGCCACAUCUGAAACUUCCUGGUUCAUCGAAGCAUUGUCCCACAUUACGUAUCUCAACUGAAGAAAAAAGAAUAAAUAGGAAAUGGAACUGUGUUUAAUUUACAACUAAAUCAUGUUGUUCAGAAACCUUAGAGCUGUUCUUAAACAAAUAAUUUGAACUGUUAUGGUAAUUGUCUGUGAUGAAUUCAUAAUAUGAAUAGGACUUAAUAAAAGUUAUAAUCUGAAA